UUGCAUUCUUUGGGUGAUCUCCCGAUAAGUAUUUGUUGCACGACGUAGGCGGGGUAGGGGUAAUGUAGCCUGUGGAAAAUGCCCCCAAACGUUAAAGGACUUGGUCAGGGUCACUUAGGGAGCUAGUGGCGGAAGGGGAACCUUCCCAUGUACGUGUGGUGUAAUUGUUUUCCAAGGAGCUGACUUGCAGAUGUCUCCUUUUCUUACAUUUAUCGGUCAUUGAACCAAAGCAAGCUUGGUGAAGUUGUCAUUUAUCUAGUUAACCGUAGAGUCCAAGAGAGAACGCCCCCCGCAGAUCAGUUUAAAUUACAAUUUUAGCAAUAUAUUAAGAGCAAGCUACUGUUUAUUCUGCCGCUUGAUUUCUGUGACCUCAGGGGCUGGUUUACGAGGCUGUGAAAUACUGUUGUAAUAAAGAAAACGUGUAAACUUCUUUGCUCUGCUUUCCUUGUUCAUAAACAUCUAACUUAGUGUCUCCUUCAGACUAUAGGAUUUCUCACAGACGAUAGACUAUAGCAAGGAGUAUAAUUUUCUGAGAAGUUCUAGAGCCUUAACUACUCAAUUGUUAAAAGUAAAACCAGCCAAAAUCCCCGUUUUUUGUCAAAAAUGGAUGGCAAAUGACUUAGAGAUCUGAAGAGAUUUCCUGGACACCACCCUUGCACUGCGUGGUGUUUGUUGAAAAAAUGUUUGGAAGAUUGACUUUUCCACAACUGCUUUUUGCUGGCAUCCUUGGAAUUGCUGGAGGAAUAUAUAUUUAUCAACCAAUAUUUGAACAGUAUUCCAGGGAUCAGAAGAAAUUAAAAGAAAAGUUGAAACUGGUACAAGACUCAGAAGAGAAGAAAAGUUAAUACUAAAUGGAGUUGAACUGUAAUUGCUUAAAGUUUCAUUGAAAUUAUACAUUAACUAUAAUUAGUAAAAAGUUAUCGAAUAUAUUUUAAAUGUAAAUAAAUUCAUAGAUGAUGAUUUUAAAUUAGUUUUAAAACUAGCACUGUCAAUUUUAAUGUUUACUAUACUUUUAUUUGCUAUUUUAUUCCUUUUCACCAGGACAGAUUAGUAAUUUCCUCCUAAGCAAAUAUGAAUACCUUAAGGAAUAUUUUAUUUCCUAGUUGAAGGUUUUUUUAUGGGAAUGAGGCCUAUGCAUUGGCAGUCUAGACUGUAUAACUCUAGCUGGGAAUGUUGUUUACAGUAAUGUUUAUAAAUGAAGUUAACCAUGUUAACUUAAGGCAGAAUGCCCCUCAGCCUACAAUUAGCCUGCUUUACUAUACUUUAGCACUGUUUUGAUCCCAGCCCUUUCUAAUCCCAGGCAGAACGGAGGAAUAAAUUGAGAAUUGGGGUGGCUCAGAUCCAAUGGAGGUUUUUGAGAAGGUAGAAUGUUUUUGGCAAGCGUGACACAGCUCUGUUUACUUAACCCACUAAGCAAAUUUGCGUUAUAAUGGUGGUCAGGGAGGAGUUAAUUUAUUAUGAAGCUGUUCAUAUAGUUAAAGGGUUUUUUGGAAAUUGCUAAAAACUGAUAUUUAAUUUUAUAUUUUCAAUGAGAGCUUAAAUGUAAUCACAUGUGUACAAAAUGCUUUAAAUUAACUUAUUUCUUAUUAUUGAUUUUUUUUGAAAAAUAAAUAACUUAAU